CCAGAGGUUUCUCCUGCUCCUGCCACCAGUAUGGCUGCCUUUAGGUCCUCCUUCACAAUCCUGGGUCCCAUCCAACUGUGGUUCCUCCUGCUUGUGCGACACCUGACGGAGUGUUCAGUUCAGAGAAUAGUUGGUGGGCGCCCCAGCCUGAGCCAGGAAGCUGUGACAAUCACAGCUGGGAAGACCCUAAUUCUCAAGUGUAUCCUGGCUCAGAAGGAUAUGCCAGGAAGUGCCGAAUGGUACAAAGAUUUGGGCAAUGACCAGAAGAUCAUUUUCAGGGAAAAUGACACAUUGUCUCGUGGGGUGAGGCUCAAUCCAGGAUCGCCAACUGACUUCAGUAUCGGACUCAACAACAUCGGCCCCGAAGAGAGCGGAACCUACUGCUGCUCCAUGGUCAAGGAAGGCCCCCAAAGCGGAAGAUCUAUAAAGACAAAAUCGGUGGUCUCUGUGAUUGCCCAUCCAUCCCAACCUUUGCUUCGUGGACCCUCAGAGAGCAUCACGGUGGGGUCCCAGGUUUCUUUCAGUUGUUCGGCAAAAGAAUUCCCCACCCAAGAAAUCACAGUCAUCUGGUUAAAGGAUAAGGAAACGAUAGAGCCUGCCAGGAUCGACAUCCUGAAUUAUACUACAAAGACAGGCAUCCUAUACAGCGUGAACAGCACGGUGGACAUCUUGCUCAGACAAGAAGAUAUGGGGUCAGUGCUGUCAUGCCAGGUUCAGCACAGUUCCUUGGAGGACAUCUUACAUCAGGACCUUCUACUUGGUGAAGUCGUAAGAGGCUCAACAAAGAAUUCUCCCACCAGUCUCUGGAUUGCUCUUUUUCUGAACAAAGCAGCCGUCCUUCUUCUUGUCUCUUUCCUCUUCCUAAUGAAAGUGUGCAAAUGCAAUUGUGCAAGAAAUCACUCCAGAUUAUCCCAGGAAGCGAGACAGUCUGGAAAGCCAAGUUAAGGGCUCCUAUUCCUGACAGACUUUCAGGAUGAGAAAGGAUCUGCUUAAGGAAUCAACCAUAUUGUCCCUAAAAUGCUUUGUAUAAUGCUUCAUCCUUGCAACCCCAUCAUGUUAUCGCUCUAUAUAAAAAUGGCUGUGUGUGCGUGUGUAUGUUCCAGCAUAACUCUGGCAUAUCAGCUUCCUCAAUACCUGGAGGAAACUGUCUAUCUGGACCCGUUCCAGUCCGGUUUCAGACCCGGGUACAGCACCGAGACGGCUUUGGUCGCGUUGGUGGAUAACCUCUGGAGGGCUCGGGACAGGGGAUGUUCCUCUGUCCUGGUCCUGCUAGAUCUCUCGGCGGCUUUUGAUACCAUCGACCAUGGUAUCCUGCUGCGGCGGUUGGAGGGAUUGGGGGUGGGAGGCACCGUUUAUCGGUGGUUCUCCUCCUAUCUCUCUGACCAUUCGCAGACGGUGUUGGCAGAGGGCAGAGAUUGACCCCAAGGCGCCUCACUUGUGGGGUGCCUCACGGGUCUGUUCUCUCGCCUCUCCAGUUCAACAUCUACAUGAAGACGCUGGGCGAGGUUAUCCGUGGUUUCGGGGUGGAUUAUCAUCUGUACGCUGAUGAUACGCAGCUGUACAUUUCCACCCCGAACCACCCCAACGAAGCCGUCGAGGUGAUGGGCCGGUGUCUUGAGGCCGUGCGGGUCUGGAUGGGGAGGAACAGGCUCAACCCCUCCAAGACAGAGUGGCUGUGGGUUCCGGCGUCCCGGUACAGUCAGUUUACGCCAUCGCUGACUGUUGGGGGGGAAGUACUGACCCCCAAGGGAAGAGUGCACAACUUAGGCAUUCUCCUGGACAAUCGGCUGUCUUUAGAAGAACAUUUGAUGGCCAUCGCCAGGGGAGCAUUUUAUCAGGUUCACCUGAUUCGCCAGUUGCGCCCUUUCCUUGAUCGGGACUCCUUACGCACGGUCACUCAUGCCCUCGUCACUUCCCGCCUGGACUAUUGCAAUGUUCUCUACAUGGGGCUCCCCUUGAAGAGCACCAGGAGGCUCCAGCUAGUCCAGAAUGUGGCCGCGCGGGUGAUAGAGGGGCCCCGCUUUGCUCCCAUAUAACACCCAUCCUGCGCAGCCUACACUGGCUGCUGGUAGCCUUCCAGGUGCAAUUCAAGGUGCUGGUUACCACCUUUAAAGCGCUCCAUGGCUUAGGACCGUGGUAUUUGCGAGACCGCCUUCUGCCACCGAUUGCCUCCCAACAACCUGUGCGCUGCCACAGAGCGGGCCUCCUCAGGGUGCCGUCGACCAAACAAUGUAGGUUGGCAGCCCCCAGGGGGAGGGCCUUCUCUGUGGCGGCACCAGCCCUAUGGAACGAGCUACCUCCGGGGUUACGCCAACUCCCCGACCUCCGGGCCUUCAAACAUGAACUGAAGACUUUAUUAUUUCACCGAGCGGGACUAGCCUAAGACAUAUUUUAGUGAAAUUUUUAUGGGUUUUAAUCGGUCUUUGACCGUUUUAGUGAUUCGGCCAUUAAAUAUUUGCUUUUAAUUGUUUUUAAAUUGUUAUUUAUUAUAUUUAUAUUGUAUUGGUGUGUGUAUUUUAAUAUUGGCUGUACACCGCCCUGAGUCCUUCGGGAGAUGGUGCGGUAUAGAAAUGUAAUUAUAAAUAUAAAUAAAUAAAAAAAUAAGAAUGCCUCGAGCAAUUUCAACCAAACUUGGUAUACAGAUGACUUAUUCUCUGGAAACAAAUACUGUGGGGUAAGACACCCCAACACCCCUUGGGGUGUGUGUUCUGUUAAGAUACAGCCUGUUGUGCCUUAAAAUGACUUCUACUGUACAGCACAGUGGAGUUGCCAUGGUAACGGCUUCACAGUAUUCCACAAGGGGGCUCCCUCUGGUAAGGGGGAAAAUCCAACAUUAGAAAUUAUGUUCGGUCCGCACAUUUUCAACAAGGCUUUGAUUAUUCUUGAGGACAAAUGUACGGCCACGAUCAAUAAAAACAUUACUGCAACUCGGCCUGCCUGCACCACUACGAGACCGACACAUACGUACUUCACACAGAUUACAUACGGGAAAAGAACUAUAACAUAGAACAGCUUAGUACAUAUAUUGUGGACAAGAAGCCAUUUCUAAAUCAAGAUCAGAAAAAAAAGAUCAUGGAUCAGCUAGCAAAACAACAAGGUGGUAUCAUUUUACUUGGCGCUUCUGGGGGCGCAGGGAAAACGUUUUUAACUAAUUUAAUUUAGUUAAAUUAGAUAUGAGCCAUUUAGAUAUGAGCCAGCCGUGUGCAGCAGCUGCCAAAAAAGCCAACACAGUUCUGGGCUGCAUCAACAGAGGGAUAGAAUCAAGAUCACGUGAAGUUAGAUUAGAUUUUUAAAAUGCUUUUAAUAAUAAUAAUUUUAUUUAUAGACUGCCCUUCUCCCAAAGGACUCAGGUACAGCCACAAAUAAAAUACAGAAAGAAAACAACAAUACAAAACUAAAAACAACCCUUAAAAAACCUAUUUAAUUUGGCUACUUAUAAAAAUAUUCCCUCUAAAAUUUACUAAAAAAUUUAAAACCCAUUCUCCUCCUCCUUUCUCUUCCCUCCCUUCUUCUAUCCUUUUCUACUUUCCUCUUUCCUCCUCUCCUCCUCUACUUCCCUUUCCUUUCCUCCCCCUCAUUCCUUCCUCCCUUUCUAACCUUCUCUCCUACUCUUAUUUCCCC